CAAUUACUCUGUUUACCGCCAGAGCGAGUUUUGAGUUCCCGCGCAAAAUGUAUUUUCGUGAAAAAUAAAUAUAAAUUCUUAGAUCUAAAACCUUUCAUUCACUACUGUUUUUCCAAAAUCAAAACCCUAACUUCAUCUUCUUUCUCUUCAAUUUCAAUGGCGCCUCCCAAAAUCAACGAGUAUGAACGCAAGCGUCUUGAAAAUAUUCGUCGCAACAAUGAAAUGAUGGCCGCACUCAAAGUUCAAUCCAAAGCCACCGCACUCUCCGAUCAUUCCAAGAUUGUUACCAAAUCUUACACUGUUAAAUCGGAGAAAAAACCCAAAAUUGAAACCCCAAUUGUAAUCAGACGCUCACUUCGAACUAGAGGUAUCCCGCCUGAUUCCAAAGGGUUAGAUUUAGACUCUACUUCAGAUUCCAACACUUCCCCUCACAAUUCCCCCAAUAAAGUUGAGAACAUUGUUCAAAAUUUGGGUCCUAUUUCCAUGAAGGAUGUUUACAAAGGCGUUGAUGGUUCUGAUCGUUCUUUUAUUGAGACACUCGUUGGUAUGUCCAAUAAGGAAUUCUCAGAAGAAAAACUUAAUGGGUCUGUAAAAAAGAUGAAAACCGAGUGUUCCCUUGACUUGGAAUCUUUGUAUCUGGAUCCUGAAAAUAUAGCACGUGUCCUUCCUGGAAGGAUAACUCAAGUGCGGUUUUGUCCUUCAAAGGAUGUUAACACGAUUGCAGCGGGUAACAAAUUUGGGGAUAUUGGUUUUUGGAAUGUUGGAGAAAGUGAGUUUUUUUUGUACCAUCCACACGAGGCUCCCAUUUCUGGGGUUUUGUUCCAACAACAUUGCUUGUCAAAGAUAUACACUAGUUGUUAUGAUGGAUUAAUUCGGUUGAUGGAUGCCGAGAAGGAAAUUUUUGAUAUGGUUUAUAACGGUAGUGAUAAUGCAUGCAUAUACGCUCUCUCACAACCAAAGAAUGAUGCAAACUGUUUAUAUUUCUCUGAGGGUAAAGGGGGUCUGGCAGUAUUUGAUAACAGGAUAGGAAAAUGUUCAUCCCAUUGGGAUUUGCAUGAAGCUAGAAUUAAUACAAUUGAUUUCAACCCUCAAAGCUCUCAUAUUGUAGCUACCAGUUCCUCUGAUGGAACUGCCUGUACUUGGGAUUUGAGAUGUAUUGGAGGGCCUAAGCACUCAGCCUUGAGGACAUUUGCUCACAAAAGAUCGGUGCAAUCAGCCUAUUUCUCUCCUACUGGAUGCAGCCUUGCCACUACUAGCUUGGACAACACAGUUCGUAUAUACAGUGGAGUGAAUUUGGAGGAUGAGACUUCUGUGUAUCAUUUCAAUCAGACUGGAAGAUGGCUCUCGACUUUCAGAGCAAUAUGGGGCUGGGACAAUUCACAUCUAUUCAUUGGGAACAUGAACAGAGGAGUUGACAUCGUCUCAACAGUUCAAAAGGCGACAGUAAAGACUUUAGAGAGCCCACACAUGUCUGCAAUUCCAUGUAGAUUUGAUGCCCACCCUUACAAUGUUGGGAUGCUAGCAGGAGCUACAAGCGGAGGCCAGAUCUAUGUUUGGACAUCAAACUAAGAAUUUUAUUCUAUAUGCAUUUCAGUUGGAUGCAAAAACAUGUAUCAUUUUAGUUGUUUAUGUGCCCAAUGUGGUUUAUGAUUCUGUAUCUGGAAUUGCAUCACAACGCCAUUUCUCAUUGGUUUUGUUUGGAACCUUGUCACAUUGCCUCCUAUUUUGUAUCCACAUAGGAUAAGCUAUACGUUGUAGAAAUUACCAACUUUAAUUAAUGAAAUGUUUGCUUCAGGAAAGUAUUGAAGCAUGCUUCCAUUAUUA